UUAGAGAUUCGUAGACAAAAUGGUUUCCGUGCAGCUGCUCUACGUAGACAGCGUCGUCGUGUGGACGAAUUGGAUAUUCUGCAGACACGACGUCUGGAAGCGGCUGGAGCGAGAGAUAGCAUUUUGGCAACGCAGUGUGUUGCCUUGACGCAUCACAUACUACAGUGUCUACAGCAGGCACCGUUGUCUUCUCAAAUUAAUCGAAAUGAGGCCAGCCCCACUGUGAACUCAUCGGCUCUGGUUAAGCAAACUAGACUUUUCUUGGAGCAGACUAAGCGUCCUCCAGUGCGUUUUUUCUACCGUCUGGACACUUGGGAGGAUGACAGUAGACAGCGACGUCGUCUGGUCCUCAAUCCCUUCGGAUCCAGUCAUCCCGAAGCUGUUCUUCAUUCACCGCCUCCGAUCUCCCUAGCUCAACCUCCAAGCACAGCUCAGACUGUCACUAUUGAUGCAACGGCGUUGAAUUUCAAAUCUCAAUCUGAACCACUUCAACAGCAACCCUCUCAAGAUUCAGAGACGACUGAAGUAGAAAGGAAAUCGAGCGUCGAGCUUCAGCCUCCCCAAACUCCUCUUAAUCCCAAUUCCCCCCUUGUUCUAACAGAGCCAGCACUAACACCGGGUUUGGUGUCAUUGCAUCAGGACUCUCUUGCCUAUGGACAACUUGAUAUAGGGCCGCUUAGCUCUACGGUGGUUACGACGCCCUGUCAACUGAUUGCCGCUGGUGUUGCUGUACACGGUGUUCUUUCUGUCUCAAACUCUGUCUUCACCUUUGAAACUGAUCCCAGCCAUGAAGAAAAUCAGAAAAUCGAUCCACAGGUUCUGGCCUAUACUGGAAAUCUCUACUCAAAAUGGCACUUCAGUGAAAUUCGAGCCGUUUUCACACGUCGUCAUUUACUUCGCCAUGUCGCACUCGAAAUAUUCCUCACAACUCGAACUUCGGUGAUGUUUGCGCUGCCUGACGAAGCAAUUGUUCGCCGGGUGGUCUACGCUCUCCCACCUGUGGGUAUUGGUAUUCGCUACGGGGUCCCCCAAUCCCAUCGAAUAUCCCUCGCCCCGGGUCGCCAGCAUCUCUCCCUCUCCCAAGCCACUCAACGUUGGCAACGUCGUGAAAUGUCCAACUUCGAUUACCUCAUGUGUCUAAAUACACUUGCCGGACGUAGCUUCAAUGACCUCAACCAGUACCCCAUCUUCCCUUGGGUUCUCUCCAACUAUACCAGUAAACACCUUGACCUCAAUGAACCAGCGAAUUAUCGGGAUCUCUCAAAGCCCGUUGGGGCAUUGAGUCCGGCGAGGAAAGCAUUCUUUGAUGAACGCUAUGCCGAUUGGGAUGAUCCCACUCAACCCGCUUUUCAUUACGGAACUCAUUACUCUACCGCUGCCUUCGUCCUGAGCUAUCUUAUUAGGCUGGAACCCUUCACCACAUUGUUCCUCAAUAUGCAGGGUGGAAAGUUUGAUCAUCCAAAUCGGCUCUUCUACUCUGUGGCAGCCACGUGGUGUGGAUGUCUCGAAAGUAGUACUAAUGUGAAAGAACUCAUUCCGGAAUUCUUCUACCUCCCCGAAAUGUUUGAGAACACUAAUGGAUACGAUUUGGGGACCUUGGACGAUGGCACGAAGUUGGGAGAUGUUGAAUUACCCCCUUGGGCUUCUAGUCCUGAGGAAUUUGUGCGAAUUCAUCGACAGGCAUUGGAAUCAGAUCUGGUUUCGUGCCAACUUCACCACUGGAUUGACCUCAUUUUCGGCUACAAACAAAGAGGACCCGAGGCUGUGAAGGCAGUGAAUGUCUUUCAUUACCUCACUUAUGAGGGCAGCGUAAAUUGGAGCAAGAUGGGAUUUGAGAGGGCUCGUGCCAAUCUCGAAAUCCAUCUAGUCGAUGUGCUCUGUGAAUUUGACCUUCGCUUUCUUCUUCUUCUGGCACUGGAUAGCUUAGAUCUGGACCAUGAGAAAUGUGCUCGUGAAGCUGCAAGGCAACUCAAGUCUGCGUUCUUGACAAUCCGUGUGACAGAUCCAGUUAUGCGAGAGGCUCUAGAAGGUCAGAUCACCUGUUUCGGCCAAACACCGAGCCAACUCCUCACCACUCCUCACCCCCCGCGGGGUUCCGCAUUGGCCGCUUGUCCUCGUCUCUUUGUUCUCCCCACCCAUGAAGUUGCCGCACGUCUCCGUCCCGCAUCGCGGGCUCCCCUUCUCGGCCUCUACUUCGUCUCUCAUGCCAGCGAGGUGGAACUCAUUGGCGUCUCUGCCAAUUGUGUUUUCACUGUUAACAAGUGGAAUGGAGCCGCCGCCGCAGCUGCUGCUGCUUCCAGUGGAAGGGUCGAUUCCAAUAAUGGCAAGUUCUCACUUCAAUAUAGGGAUGUGCUAGUGUUCAUGUUCGUUCUCAAACGCCAGCUGAUUAUGACCCAUUUAAGGGUGAUUGAAAUGGAGGAGGGAUUAUUACCCAAAGUAGUAUAG